CCUUCUCUUCUCUGCUCGGGUUUUUGUUUCUUUCUUUCUGCUGCUUCUUCAACAGCACAUGUGUCACUCAAGCAGCAAUCAUGAGGCUUGACCCUUGUUAUUUUUGUUCCACAAAGAUAUUUCCCGGCCAUGGGAUUCAAUUCGUUCGUAACGACAGCAAGAUUUUCAAAUUCUGCCGAUCUAAAUGCCACCGAGCAUUUAAAAAGAAGAAGAAUCCCAGGAAAGUAUCAUGGACUCUAGCCUACCGCAAGACAAAUGGAAAGGAGCUUACUGUGGACCCCUCCUUCGAAUUUGAAAAGAAGCGGAAUAUUCCUGUCAAAUAUGAUAGAGAGUUCUGGAUGAAGUCAUUGGAAGCAAUCAGGAAGAUUGAUAUCAUCCGCAGUAGGCGAGCCAACCACUUUGUAAUGCAAAGAUUAAGACGAGCCCGAGAGAUUGAGAUGCAGCAAGAAGUCAGGGAAGUACAAAGAGAUAUGUCAUUGGUUCGAUUACCUGUUGCUGGUCUCAGGGCGAGACUUGCUGCUAAAGAAAGAGAGAGCCAGGUGGAAGAAAUCCAUGACUCAGAUGAAGAAAUGGAGGUAACCAACGCAGAAGAAAUGGAAGUACCCAAUGCCGAAGAAAGUGACAUUGAAGAAGAAAUGAAUGAAUCUGAUGAAGCUCCAGAACUUGUUGAAGUGUUAUAAAAUCUAUCUCUUAAACCUAUCUUAUAUUUGGAUCAGUGGUCUUUGUUAAAAAUCCUAAGUUUCAUAUUAAAGAUGUUUGAAAGGCAAAUACGUUCUAUAAUACCAUAUUUAAGUAUUCAAAUAAGCUAACAAUAAAGUCAUAAUAGCUCACAA